AUGUCUCAAAUAAGGUUGAGGGUCGUCAAGUACUCACUAGCUGGAGACGCAGGGAAGUGGCUUCAAAACUUGCCACCAAAUUCCAUCCGGUCUUGGCCUAAACUUGUCCGGGCAUUUCUAGCAAAGUGGUUCCCACAGAGCAAGAAGUCCGAGCUUCGAGACAAGAUUUUCUUCUUCAAGCAACAACCAGGGGAACACUUAUAUGAGGCAUGGGAUCGAUUCAAAUUGUAUUUGGUGAGGUCUCCCAAUCAUGAUUUUCCAGAGUCCAUCUUGCUAGAGAAAUUUUAUAUGGGUUUGGAUCCUAUGAACCAAGCUAUAGCGAAGAAUGCAGCGGACGGAUCUUUUAUGGAAGAGUCAUUUGCAAGAGUUACACAAAUACUUGACAAGAUGGCAAAACACAAUCAAGCUUGGCAUUCUGAGGAUACUUCAGGCGGAGUUGCAUAUGGUUCUCCUUCCUUGACCAAAUUGAUCAAGGAGAAUCAAGAGAGGGACCAAAUAAUUGCAGGGUUGGCCACAAAUGUAAAUGUGUUGACAAAAAUGCUCACGAAAAAUCAAACAGAAAAGGCGAAUGUAGUCGAGGAUGUGCAACCUAUCUCCAAUGAAGAGUUUGAUGAAGCUAAUUACAUCAACAACUCUCAAGGAGAGUAUCAACGACAAUAUUAUCAGGGUCAGGGGCAGCAAAGUCAAUGGAGGCCGAACCCGCAAGGGCAAGGCAACCAACAAUGGCGACAUGACCAAGGUGGCUCAAACCAAGGGAAUUGGAACAACAGCAACAACUUUUCCAACCGGAGUUCAAACCCCAAUGUUCCUCCAAAGGGUCAAUAUUCGAACCAAGGGUCUUCUAGUGAAUCUAAGUUGGAAGCUAUGCUCGAGCGAGUGUUGCAAAAUCAAGGAAAAUCCGAUACUUCAAUGAGGAACAUGACCGAGGUUGUUGGAUCUCAUACCGCCCCCAUCCAAAAAUUGGAGAUGCAAAUGAGAAACCUCUCCAAAGAGCAAAAUCCAAAACAAAAGGGAACACUCCCUAGUGACACGGUUGCAAAUCCAAGAGGUAGUGGGAGUGGCCCAACUUCUCACAUCAUGGCAAUCACUACUAGGAGUGGGAAAGUGCUACACGGAGAGGGUGAAAAAACGGUUGAAGCAGAUGAGUCCGAACAAAGAGUUAAGGUUGAAGAGCCAAGUGUUGUCGAGGUUGAAAAGAUUCCGGAAGAGUCGAAUGUGCAAAAAGAGAACCGGGAAGAGGUGAAGGAAAAAGUGAAAGAGACACCAAAAGCUCUUCCACCUAUUCCUAGACCUCCUCCCCCAUUUCCUCAAAGGCUCGCGAGAAAGAUUGAUGAUAGCAAACUUGAAAAAUUCUACGACAUCCUCAAGCAAUUAACGGUGAAUAUUCCAUUUGUGGAGGCUUUUCAAGAGAUGCCGGGGUUUGCCAAAUAUUUAAAGGAUUUGAUCACCAAAAAGAAGACCGCAAAGAAUGAGGUAGUAAGCAUGACUCACCGGGUUAGCUCUAUUAUUGCCACAACCAAAGUCCAAAAGAAAGAAGACCCGGGAGCUUUCACCAUUCCUUGCACCAUCGGUUCACGCGAUUUUGCAAGAGCCUUAUGUGAUAAUGGGGCUAGCAUCAACUUAAUGCCUCUUGCCAUCUAUAAGCAAGCGGGGUUAGGUAUGCCAAGACCCACUAGUAUGAGAUUGCAAAUGGCCGAUCGGUCAAUCAAAGGCCCGGUGGGAAUUCUCGACGAUGUACUUGUAAAAGUGGGGAAGUUUCAUUUGCCCGCCGAUUUUGUAAUUCUUGACUGUGCGGUUGAUAAAGAAAUUGCUAUCAUUUAG